CAUUAACUCUUCCAAAUGCAGGAUACAACCAGCGUGAGCACAAAGCCUACAAGGAGGUACCCGCUCGCGUCAUGGGUUGCCAUACUGGCCCUGGCCACCCUUGUGGGCGUAUACAUAUUCUCCUUAUCUCUCAAGCAAAACGGGAUGCUGUUCGGGCUCAGGCAGACCAACAUGAUAGAGAAAGAAAGGGAGCAGCCUUGCCACCACCCGGGAGUUCCGGAGACCGAGAUCCCUUACGUGCACUUCCCCACACCCAAUACUUAUAGUAGGAAAGAAUGUGCAUGCACACCAGUUAGAUUCUUUGCUAUCUUGUCGAUGCAGAGGUCGGGAAGUGGAUGGUUUGAAACCUUGUUGAAUAGCCACGAGAAUAUUAGCUCAAAUGGAGAGAUUUUCUCUGUCAAAGACAGGCGUAGCAAUGUCACGGCCAUCACACAAACACUCGAUAAAUUGUACAAUCUCGACUGGGUCAGCAGUGCCGCUAAAAAUGAGUGCACGGCUGCUGUGGGGUUGAAAUGGAUGCUCAAUCAGGGUCUGAUGAAACAUCAUCAAGAGAUAGCUGAAUAUUUCAACCGAAGGGGUGUGUCUUUAAUUUUCCUUUUAAGAAGAAACCUUCUGCAGCGAUAUGUCUCUAUAUUGGCAAAUGAUUAUGAUAGAAAUACGAAGCAACUAAAUGGAACUCACAAAGCUCAUGUGCAUCACAGAGGCCAGGCUGAUGUUCUUGCUCAGUAUAAGCCAACAAUAGACACAAAAUCGUUGAUUGCUGAACUGAAAAGGUCUGAUAAGUUGGCAGCUGAUGGUUUAGUGAGUUUCAAGAAGAUCCGGAGUAUUGUCCUGUACUAUGAGGAUGUGGUCAGCAAUCGCACUAAGCUUACAGAUGUGCUGGAUUUUCUGAAAUUGCCAAAGAUGAAGCUAUCCAGUCGGCAUGUGAAAAUCCAUACUAAACGGUUGCGUGAUCAUAUUGAUAAUUGGACUGAUGUUUCUAAUACUUUGAAUGGGACUCAAUACCAGAGCUUCUUGAAUGGUCGAAGAUGACCAAAUUAGCUAGGUGUAAAUAAUGUUGUAGUGAGUUUCAUUCUUUUGACCCCUUCUUUCUCCCCUGCCAUAGCUAGCAGAGUAAGCCAAAGUUGGCACUUGUGUCCAUCAUGUGCUAAUCCAAAGGGCUCAUUUGGUUUCCAUUUGACGUCCUAACAUAUAUAUAAAUUAGCUGAUUAAAUUAAUAGCUUACCAUACAAAGUUUUUAAAUUCAGAUAGAAGGCUUUUUUGCCCA